AUGCCACGACAUUGUGCACCCUUCUGUCGAGGUCCAGAUAAACGAGAUUUUAUGGAUACAAAUCCUGAAAAGACGGCAGAUGACUUUUAUAAAAAAUAUGAUCCGAUGAUUGGAGUGGGCACAGCAGCAAUUCUUAUAGCAUUUUUUCUAUUAAUAACAAUAAAAUCUUUUAUUAGAUAUAUUUUUAGAAAAAUUAAACAAUAUAAUUUUAAUCAGGAAUUAAAGGCACAAUCAAGAUGUAUAGAUGUAGCAAAUGACCAAGAAAUUAAAAAUUAUGAACCUAAAAGUUCGGGAAGCAGCAUGAUGGGUAAUGGUGUUAUAGAAUUAUGUUGA